AUGACGCUGUUUAAUCGGCUACCACGCCUACGAAGGAGAGGAGGAUGGUUACAGUCGCCUUUCCUUUGGGUCCUCGGCGUUGCAUGUAUUCUCGAAAUCGCUAUUCACGCCUCCUACUACCGCGUGCCCGUACCGCCUCGCGAGUUCGAUACUCCCUUCUAUGCCUCCUGUCAGGAGCCCCCGAGCACUCCUCCAGACUCACCUCGCGAGAAUGCCGCCAUCGUUAUGCUGGCCCGCAACCAGGAAGCCGAGAAAGCUGCGAGAUCCGUCCGCAGCAUCGAGCAACGCUUUAACCGCUGGUUCCGAUACCCCAUCGUAUUUCUUAACGACGAGCCCUGGAGCGACGAGUUCAUACAAACUAUCAACGCUUCUACGAGCGCGCCGACCUUCUUCGAAAUAGUACCUAAGGAACAAUGGACUUUUCCGUCGUGGAUGGACCAGGAUGCUGCCCGCGCGAGUAUAAAGGAUCAGGGCGACCGCGGUAUUUUAUAUGCGGGAAAGGAGACCUAUCAUCACAUGUGCCGGUUCUUUUCUGGGAACUUUUAUCAAGUCGAGGCACUGAAGAAAUAUAAAUGGUACUGGCGAUUAGAACCAGACGUUGAGUUCUCAUGUUCUAUUACCUACGAUCCCUUCGUCGAAAUGGCUCGCCAUAACAAAGUCUAUGGUUUCACGAUAUCGCUCUGGGAGGAAAAGCGCACGUGUCCUAGUCUCUUUAGGGAAGUAUCGGACUGGAAGGAACUGAAGGGUAUCCCUAGCACCAACCUCUGGAAAGCGAGUGUUGAUGCGUCUUGGGUUCCCUGGCCUUUCCGUAGCCUACUCAGCUGGUUUUCACACCGCGAUAGCUCGGGUGACGGAUGGAAUCUUUGUCAUUACUGGAGUAAUUUUGAGAUCGCAGACCUUGAUUUUUUUCGUGGCUCUAAGUAUCAGGACCUUUAUAAGCACUUAGAACAUACCGGCGGCUUCUAUUUCGAAAGGUGGGGUGAUGCUGCAGUCCACUCACUCGCCGUAAACAUGUUGGCAGAGCCGCAUCAGGUUCAUCAUUUCGCCGAUAUUGGAUACCGACACGAUUGGUAUUACCAGUGCCCUGCAAAUGCGCCCGGUGGCCAACUACUCGAGUCGCAAGCACUCAACGAAGUCCAGAGUAAAUGGGCUGAAGAAAUCCCCGGGGGUGUGGGUUGCCGUUGUGACUGUGACGGCCGCCGGAAUAGAAAUCAUGCCAGCUAUUGCCUGAACAAGAUGAAGGCGCCUAAUACUGCUCAUCGCCCCUGGUCUACAUGGCUACUUAGCUUCAUAUUUUAA